UUCUGCACACAAGAACUCACAGGCAUUUUUCCAACUGCGCAGACAGAGGCAGUCAUCGGAAGAGGUCAUUUGAUUGAUUUGAUUAAGUCUCUUCAUCUCCAGCACAUUCCUUGAUACCAGACACAUACUGGGAUACUUAUCAUACUCUCAAGCACAAUGCUUCACAAAUAUCCGAAGUUGAUAUGUCUCUUAGCAGCUAUUUGUGUACUUUGUAUAAUUUCUCAAAACUCCACAAAGUUCUUCAAAGAAGCUCUUCAGGAUCUUGACCCCACUUAUUCAAAAUUUCCAUUGAAGUUCUGCUCUUAUCUACAGAUUUGGAGUGCUAUAAAGUUACCCAACUCCCACUACUAUUCUAAUACCUCCAUGAUAUCCUCAUUCUCAAAAAUGCCAGUGAGCCCAGUGAAGUCACUAACAGAGACUGAGCUAAGAGUAAAGGAAAUCCUGGAGAAAUUAGAUCAGCUGAUCCCACCGAGACCUUUCAACCACGUGAAUACCACCACCAGUGCCACACACAGCACAGCCACCAUCCUCAACCCACGAGACAAGUACUGCGUGGGGGACCAGCUGGACGUCUUGCUGGAGGCAAGGGACCACUUGGGACACCGAAAGGAAUAUGGUGGGGAUUUCCUGAGGGCCAGGAUGUUCUCUCCAGCCCUGAAGGCGGGAGCCUCAGGAAAGGUGACCGACUUCAACAAUGGUACCUACCUUGUCAGCUUCACCCUGUUCUGGGAGGGCCAGGUCUCCCUGUCUGUUUUGCUCAUCCACUCCAGUGAAGGGGCAUCAGCUCUCUGGAGGGCAAGGAACCAAGGCUAUGACAGAAUUAUUUUCAAAGGGCAAUUUGUUAAUGGGACCUCCCAUGUCUUCACUGAAUGUAGCCUGACCUUAACCUCAAACACCAAAGGGUGCAAAUACUUGAAUGGCAGAGACCAAGAUGUCUUCUACUGCAUGAAACCUCCACACAUGCCCUGUGAAGCCCUAACUCAUGUGACAUCCAGGAAUCGGGAUAUUUCCUACCUUACCAGCAAGGAAAAAAACCUUUUUCACAGGUCCAAAGUUGGAGUUGAAAUAAUGAAAAACCAACAUAUUGAUGUCUCCCAAUGUAACACAGAGAGUAAAGAGGUAAAAGAGAAAUGCCAAAUUGGAAUGAAGAUCCCUGUACCUGGCGGUUACACUUUACAAGGAAGAUGGUUAACAACAUUUUGCAACCAGAUUCAGUUAGAUACAGCUAAAAUAAGUGGCUGCUUGAAAGGAAAACUCAUCUAUCUCAUGGGAGACUCUACGCUGCGUCAGUGGAUCUACUACUUACCCAAAGUAAUGAAAACACUAAAAUUCUUUGAUCUUCACGAAACUGGAAAUUUUAAGAAACAUUUGCUCCUGGAUGCAGAAAAACACACUCAGAUUCAAUGGAAAAAACACAGUCAUCCUUUCGUCACAUAUCAACUCUUCUCAGUGAUAGAUCAUGGCUACAUCCCUCGGGAAAUUGACCGGCUAAUAGGUGACAAGGACACAGUCAUCGUCAUCACCUUUGGCCAACACUUCAGACCCUUCCCCAUUGACAUCUUCAUUCGUAGAGCCAUCAGUGUCCGACAGGCUAUUGAAAGACUGUUCCUGAGAAGCCCAGCCACCAAAGUGAUCAUUAAGACAGAAAACAUCAGAGAGAUGCACGUUAAGGCAGAGGCAUUAGGAGAUUUCCAUGGUUACAUUCAGUAUCUUACUAUGAAGGACAUUUUCAAAGAUCUCAGCGUGGGAGUCAUUGAUGCCUGGGACAUGACCAUUGCAUAUGAUGCCAAAGAUCUCCACCCACCUGAUCAGGUGAUUGGAAAUCAGAUUAAUAUGUUCUUAAAUUACAUUUGCUAACACACACACACACACACAGUCACUAAGAAACAAUCUCUGCAAAUAACCCCAUAUAUAUUGCCAAAUGGUUCUGAGCAUCUGAGGAACUAGGAUGUCAAGUUCUGAAAUUGGGAUCACUUAACUUUGUCUGUAGAGGACUAGCUAAUAAAUAUCUUAGGUUUUUCAGGCCACAUGGUCUCUGUCACAACUGUCCAUGUCUGUCACUGGACUUCAAAAGCAACCAACAAAAGCAUGUAAACAGAUGGGUUUCAUAAUUUUUCAAUAAAACUUUAUU